AUGAGCAACCCCUCUCAACUGACUUAAGAUGUUUGUCUCACCCAGAAGAUGGAGCUCCCGAAGGGCUUCUCUGGCCAACGGACAUUCCUAUCUGCCGUCCCCAUCCUGCUAUCACUCAGCCUCUCCACAGCAUCCCUGCUCGGCAACUACUGGUUUGUGGGCACACAGAAGGUGCCCAAGCCCCUGUGCGGAAAAGGUCUGGCAACCAAGUGCCUUGAUGUGCCAAUGCCCUUGGAUGGGGCCAGCAACAACACACCAUCCCAGGAGGUGGUGCAAUACAGCUGGGAGGCUGGGGAUGACCGCUUCUCCUACCCCACCUUCCACAGUGCCAUGUGGCUAUCCUGUGAGGAAACUGUGGAAGAACCAGGGGAGAGGUGCCGAGGUUUCACUGAACUCACACCACCAGCCAAGAGAGAGAUCCUGUGGUUUUCGCUGGGAGCCCAGUUCGCCUACAUCGGACUUGAACUCAUCAGUUUCCUCCUGCUACUAACGAACUUGCUGUUCCCUGGGAACCCUGGCUGUGGGCUCAAGCUGAGUGCCUUCGCAGCUAUUUCCUCUGUCCUGUCAGGCCUUCUGGGGACAGUGGCCCAUAUGACGUAUUCACAAGUCUUCCAGGCAACCACCAACUUGGGUCCAGAAGACUGGAGGCCACAUGCUAGGAAUUAUGGCUGGGCCUUCUACAUGGCCUGGGUUUCCUUCACCUGCUGCAUGGCAUCAGCUAUUAUCACUUCCAACACAUACACCAAGCUGGUGCUGGAGUUCAAGUGCAAGCAUAGUGAGAGCUUCCAAGGAAACCUGAGUUACCUGCCGCUUCACCACCAGUGCUUCCUCCAAUAAACGUCAGGCGCAGCCCACCCUGGGGGCCCAUUGCCCAGCUACCACCAGCACCACAAUCAGCCCAUCCACUCUGUCUCUGAAGGGGUUGACUUCUAUGCGGAGCUACAGAACAAGAGAUUCCAACAAGGCACCAGCCAGGGGUUAAAAGAAGAGCUGGCUGGGUCAUCUGUACAAGAACAGUGUUAG